GAUAGUGUUCUUUCUCAUAAGUUCCUCUGGAUCAUCCUGGAUCAUUGCAUUGCCACUAAUGGAGAAGUCCAUUGCAUUCGAUUAUACCACAGUGUGUUAGUCUCUGUGUACAAUGUUCUCCUGGUUCUGCUCCUCUCAGUCUGCAUCACUUCCUGGAGGUCUUUCCAGUCUCCAUGGAAUUCCUCAACGUAAAAAUCUCAAGAGAUGCCUGGUCCUUGGUCCCACAACUAAUAUGUGUCAGAGGCAGGGCUUGGGCGCUGGCACUUAAGCAAAAUUGCCCUCUCCUUCCAUGUCUCUUUCUCUCUGCAGAAUUAUUAGUUUAAUACAACUGUAGUUGGGCACACAAGGUAGGAACCAACGUAAUCUUAAAUUUGCUUUUUUUUUUUUUCCAUCGUAGGGGGGAAGAGAAGCCGGCCCAGAGAAAGGCAAAGAAACCUUCCAUAGGAAGCAGCCCAGAUUUAUUAAGUUAGGAGAGAGGCGGAGCCUGCGCCUCGGGAGUGGUGGGUGGAGCAUAGACCGAGGCUGGGUUUUUUAGGUUGGGGAGAAAGGGCAAAGCGAUUCCUGUUGUGUAAAUGGGAAAACCCGGAAUUCCAAGAAGAUCCGGUGGCUGGGGAUCCAGGUAGUUUAGGGCUGAAGCAAGUAAACAUUGGGGGGCCAGUAGGCUCCCGAGUCUGCCCGGCAAGGAGAGUUUCUAAUUCGCAGAGCCUGAGAGGCAGGGUAUGCAGGCUCUCUUCCCCCUUCUCCUUCCUCCCUCCUCUUCCUCUCCAUUGCCUGCCAUCGUCUCCUCUAUCCGCCUCUUCUCUCCAUCCCUACUAGCAGUACUCUCCUUCUCCUCUCCUUCCCCACCUUUUCCUUUCUUCCCCUCCUCCUUCCUCUUCCUACUUCCUCUUCCUCUCCCCCCUCCCCCAUCGCUCCUUUUCGGGUUGGCUCUCGGGACUCGAGGGGUGGGAGGAGCCCGAGGGAGAGGGACCCAGUGUGCCCAGGUUCAGCUUCCAAACUGGAGGACCCCAACCUCUCUGCUAUGGGGAGAAAGAGACAGGUUUAAGGAUAACCCUUCAGCGUCGGGGUCGGGAGAGAAAAUGGGGUCUUUUGACGCUGGGUUACCGUAAUCACUUAGGUCCUCUGGGGUCUCUUCCUGUUUGCCGCGCGUUUUCCAGUUUCACGUGUUUGCAAAACUUUGAUUAGGCAGCUACAUGGAAAUUAUAUCUACAUCAUGAAGAAGAAAGGAAGAGGAAGAACAAGUAGGCAGAGAAGAAGAAAAUCAUUUAGAACCUCAGAGUUGAGUAAAGAGAGUGAGAAUCACAAACAGGAAUUUAUAGAACUUAGGAAAUGGCUGAAAAAAAGGAAAUUUGAAGAUCAUAACCUAAGGCCAACAAGAUUUUCAAAUACAGGAAGAGGACUGAUGGCUGUAAAAUCCUUACAGCCAGGGGAGCUGAUCAUUUCAUUGCCUAAGGAGUGCCUGCUUACUACAGAUACUGUAAUUAGAAGCUACUUGGGAGAUUACAUUACUAAAUGGAUGCCUCCUAUAUCUCCCUUGCUGGCUCUUUGUGCCUUUUUAAUUUCAGAAAGACAUGCAGGAAACAAAUCUCCCUGGAAGCCUUACCUGGAUGUUUUACCAAAAGCCUAUACUUGUCUUGUGUGUUUAGAACCUGAAGUGGUGAGACUCCUGCCCAGGCCUUUACAAAUGAAGGCUGAAGAACAGAGAAUGCAAGUUCAGAAGCUGUUCAUUUCUUCAAGAGGAUUCUUUUCUUCUCUGCAGUCUUUAUUUACGGAAGAUGUGAAACAUGUUUUUCAUUAUCAUGCUUUCCUUUGGGCGUGGUGCACCAUUAAUACAAGAACAGUGUACAUGAAGCAUGCCCAAAAGCAAUGUCUUUCAGCAGAGCCAGAUGUAUAUGCAUUAGCUCCAUAUUUAGAUCUACUGAAUCACAGUCCAAGAGUUUGGGUAGAAGCAGCAUUUAAUGAGGAAACUUGUUGCUAUGAAAUUAGGACUACCUCACAUUGCAAAAAAUUUGAAGAACUAUUCAUUUGUUACGGUCCUCAUGAUAACCACCGGCUGCUUUUAGAAUAUGGAUUUGUUGCCAGCAAUAAUCCACAUAGUGCUGUUUAUAUAGCAGUAGAUAGCCUUGUUGAUCACCUUCCUUCAGUGGACAAACAGAUGAAUAAGAAAAUUUCCCUUUUAAAAGAGCAUGGCUUUUCAGAAAAUUUAACUUUUGGAUGGGAUGGGCCAUCUUGGAAACUGCUCACAGCCCUUAAGUUGUUAUGUCUUGGACCAGAGGAAUUUACAUGCUGGAAGAAAGUGCUUCUUGGUGAAGUAAUUUCAGACACGAAUGAACAGAAGAGUUUGGUUUUGUCCAGACAGAUAUGCUCUUAUUUCAUAGAAGAGACCAAAACUGCACUUCAUAAGAUUUCCCAUAUGAAGAAUGAACAAACAGCCCUGGAAUACCAGCUAACUUUGGUAGAGAAUUUGUGGGUGGAAGAACUAAGGAUUCUUCAAGUAUCUGCAGAUAUUCUAAAGAAUGUGCAUUAAGAAAUCACCUGUCUUUCCUAGAGUUAUUUGCUCUGCCCCCUGUGGUAUGUGACUGCUUUAGAAUGCAUGGUUUUUUCAGUGAUGAGUUUUAAUGGCUUUCUAUGGUUUGCAAAUCAUCUCUCAUGUGGGAAGAAUUUAUUUAUUUGUUUAAAGCCCUUACCUUCCAUCUUAGAAUUAAUAUUUCCCAAGACAGAAGAGCAUAAAAGCUAGGGAAUUGGGGUUAAAGGUUAACCCAGGACCUCUCAUCUCUAGGCCUGGCUCUCUAUCCACGGAGUUACUUAGCUUCUCCUCAGGAAAAAUGUAUUAUGUGCUUGGUACAUGCCAGUCUGUAUGCUCAGUGCUUUAAGAAACAGAUAGAAAAACAAGGGAGUCCCUUUUGUCAUGGAGGGCACAUUCUACUGUGGGAUACAACAUGUUUACAGAGAAGUACAUGUUAGAUAUAUACAAAAUUAUAGAUAUUUACUAGUGGAGAGCCGCAACUGGAUGAAUCUGGAACCGCUCCUUGUAAGAGAUGGUGCUUAAGUAGAGACUUAAAGGGAUUUAAGGGUUCCAAGAAAUACAAACAACAUUCUGGGCUGGGUGUGAUCGCUGGUCAAUAGACAUGGAGGCAGAUUGAUUCAGCAAGCUAUCACCUAUGUGCAUUAUCAUGAAUGACCAGCGAGAGGGCUGAUUUGGCCAAAGCAAUGUGGAAUCAACCUGGAAAUGUAGGCCGCAGCUAGACUGUGAAGCUUAAAAAAGCCUGAUGCAUAGACAUCCAUUCAGUCUCAUUCUUUGCUUUCACUUAAAACACACAGAGGCGCACAUACAAAUACACACACACUAUAUUAUUGGUAUAGUAUAGUAAAUAUUUUAUAUUAAUUGAUGUUAUCUUGAAAUUUUUAUUUCACAGUUAUUUUUGCUAAUUAAAUUAUUUUUAUUAUUUGUGAAACUUCACUUAAUCGUUUGGUUUUUUUUUCUGCUUUUUAUUUAGUUAUCUGACAUCUUUUUUUCCUCCUUUUUUUCCUUCUCGGUACAUAAUGAGUUCAAAAUUCUCCCUGUUCUCUCCUUUAACUUAAUUAUUUUGUUUGUUAGUUUUUCUUUUUUAAUCUUUUUUUUUAAAACCCUUUUUGUCUUAAUAGCAACUCUAAGACAGAAAGGCAAGAGCUAGGCAAAUAAGGUUAACUGACGUGCACAAUUAAGAAGUGUCUGAGGUGAGAUUUGAACCCAGGUGCUUCUGACUCCAGGCCUGGUUCUCUCUCACUGCUUCCAUAAAGGAGAAUUUCUCAAUAUUGUUUUAAAAAAUCAUUAGUCCUUCAUCUCUCCCUAUUCUGAACUUCUAUUCAUGAUCUCAUAUUUAUUUAUUCUUUCUUUAAUUUCUUUGUGGUCUUCAUGGAUAUGAAGCUUCAGAAGUGUCACAAUUGAGUUCUCUAUUCUAAGCAAUUUCUAUGUUAUUGCCUUUGUAUGUCCUGCCCCAUCUACUUCCCUCCUUUUUCCCCAUUAUGCCUCACCCUUAGCAGAACCAAUUUAUGAAGGAACUAACAAAGGUUAGAAAUAUUUCUCUGUGGUAGAAAUUACACAAUAUUUUAACUUGCGUGGUCUAAUUCUGGCCACUGUUAUCCUUUGUUCUUCCCAUAUCCUUCCCACAUAUCUUGCAGUCUUAACCCUGGUUGACAUCCUCCCAUACUCCUGCAUGCCUGCUGUGCAGGAGCUCCAAUUUUCCUGAAGCAGGCUAGAGAUGGAGAGAUGGCACCCUCUCAGGAAGUGGUUUCCCUCUGUACCACAUAAACAUGUCUCUUCCUCCAUUAGUGUGUGGGACUGGGAUUUCAUUUUCCUAUUAAUCUGAAAUCUUGUUUCUUGUUUCAAUCCCUUUUCUCAUUUCUCCCAUUCUCUUGAAACCUAUAUUCUUGCUAAAUUAAUAUUUUAACUUCAUUGUUCAUGGAUAGAAUUAGUUAGGAUAUAGCCUGUGUGCCCAUCUUCCUAUCACAUUUUUCAAUAAUCCCAUUUAUGCAACUUUUUAUUUUGCAAUUUUCUCCCACAAAAUGCAUAGAUUUACUAGUAGUUGGUAUGAGGGAUUUCUUCCAUGGGGUUUCAAACUGGCUUCUCCACCUCACUUACAUUUCUUUAAAUUCUACUUUUAUCGUUAUCAUUUUGUAUAUUUCAAAUUAUGGCAACACCUCAGUUUCUUUAAUGACCUUUUUUUUAACAGCAUUAAUCAGUUUUUUCUUUCUGUUUUUUUUCUUAAAAUAACCUUUAGAGACAGAGACAGAGUAAUUUAUUUAAUUCCUUAUUUUUUCCUAAGUAGUUGAAUUUAUUUGCCUUUCUUGUAUUUUGUUUCUGUUUGGUGUUUUUCAAGUGAAAUAUUCUGUUCAACUUUUUUUUUUAGGAAUGUUUCAAAUCCCUCCCUUUUUAAAUUGAACUUUCAUCUGUUUAAUCAAUGAGUAAUCUUAGGUUUGGACAUCAUGGCUUUUUGGAAUACAUUAUUUCAUUCCCUUAUGCUGUUUUAAGUGAUUAUAGAAUAGUCUUGCUUGAUCUAACUUCCUUUCCUUUAUAUGUUAAAGCCUUUCUCUUGACCAGUUGCAGAAUUUGUGGCAUGUCUUAGGAAUUGUUAAAUUGUUAAAUUUAAAUACAUAUGUGUCUUAGAGUCAA